AUGGCCGCGCGCCCCAGCCCGCUCUGGCUCCUGGGCCUGGCGCUGUGCGCGCUGGGCGGCGGCGGCCCCGGCCCGCGCCCCCCGCCCGGCUGCCCGCCGCGCCGCCUGGGCCCGCGCGAGCGCCGCGACCUGCAGCGCGAGAUCCUGGCGGUGCUCGGGCUGCCCGGGCGGCCCCGGCCCCGCACGCCGCCCGCCGCCGCCCGGCCGCCCGCGUCCGCGCCGCUCUUCAUGCUGGACCUCUACCACGCCAUGGCUGGCGACGACGCCGAGGACGGCGGGCCCCCCGAGCGGCGCCUGGGCCACGCCGACCUGGUCAUGAGCUUCGUGAACAUGGUGGAGCUCGACCGCACCCUGGGCCACCAGGAGCCCCACUGGAAGGAGUUCCGCUUUGACCUGACCCAGAUCCCAGCGGGGGAGGCGGUCACAGCUGCUGAGUUCCGGAUUUACAAGCUGCCCAGCACCCACCCGCUCAACAGGACCCUCCAUGUCAGCAUGUUCGAGGUGGUCAGGGAGCGGGCCAACAGGGAGUCUGACUUGUUCUUUUUGGAUCUUCAGACGCUCCGAGCUGGGGACGAGGGCUGGCUGGUGUUGGACGUGACAGCAGCCAGCGACCGCUGGUUGUUGAACCGUAACAAGGACCUGGGACUCCGGCUCUAUGUGGAAACGGAGGAUGGGCUCAGCGUGGAUCCUGGCCUGGCCGGUCUGCUGGGGCAACGGGCACCGCGCUCCAAACAGCCCUUCAUGGUCACUUUUUUCAGGGCGAGCUCCCGUCCUGUCCGAGCCCCUCGGGCUGUGAGGCCCCUGAAGAGGAGGCCCCUGAAGAAAACCAACGAGCUGCCGCACCCGAACAAGCUCCCGGGGAUCUUUGAUGAUGUCCACGGCUCCGACGGCCGGCAGGCUUGUCGUAGGCACGAGCUCUAUGUCAGCUUCCAGGACCUCGGCUGGCUGGACUGGGUCAUCGCCCCCCAAGGCUACUCGGCCUAUUACUGUGAGGGGGAGUGCUCCUUCCCGCUGGACUCCUGCAUGAACGCCACCAACCACGCCAUCCUGCAGUCCCUGGUGCACCUGAUGAAGCCAGACGCUGUCCCCAAGGCGUGCUGCGCGCCCACCAAGCUGAGCGCCACCUCCGUGCUCUACUACGACAGCAGCAACAAUGUCAUCCUGCGCAAGCACCGCAACAUGGUGGUCCGCGCCUGCGGCUGCCACUGAGGGCACCCCGGCCACUCGGCGCCUCCCCCAGCUCAGGCCCCUCUGCAGAGGCGGGAGCCCCUCAAACCCAGCCAGCCCCAGGUGGUCUUCUCCAGGCCCAUGCCCCUUCCCCUGGGGUUUGUGGUGCUGUCCCCCAGCUGUGGUGGGGCUGAUGCACACAGCAGCCUCAGAAGUGUACUGACUACGUUGUUUGCUGUCAGCACAGAAGUCCGAUCUUAGGACCUGUCCUUGGCAUCCCUGGCCCUGUGGCCGAUCCAGGGGGACUGGAGGAGCACCUGGAGUGUGGUUGCCUGGUUGGGCUUUGCACCACUCACCACAGCAUUUGGGUGUGGGCAGCAGGGGUCUGCCCCUCCCCCAGGCAACAGGGGCAUUUCCAGGCAUAGACACACACAUGUACAGGGCACUAUUUUGUUCCUACCUGGGCUGGCAGGCAGAUAGCACAUUAGAAAAACAAGCUGAUGGGUCUCACUCAGGGCUGAAGCUGGUGGGGACAUUUUAUGGCCGUGUCCUCUGCUGCCCUGGGUCUGUCCUUCUCCCGCCUGGGAAAGAGCUGUGAUCCCCAAAGCAAAGAACUUUGGGGCUUCCAGUUCCCUCCACUGUCUCCACGUGGGCCUUAGUGCUGAGACAAGGUUAACUCUUAGCAGGAACAAGGACAAUGGCUGUAGUGGGUGGUCCAGGCUAGCAGACACACAGUGCAGAUGCCACCACUGACCAUGGCCUUGCCUGUGGCCAUCAGUAAUCAACCUGGGUGCUUUUUCCACUGAAGCUGGACAGGGCCUGAAGACCCUCAGCACACAAUUCCAGGCAGCCACCAGCUGUUCAGAGCUGAGAUGAAUUGGUUUCCCCCUCCGGCCCCACUAGGGAGCAAUUGAUUCCACCCAGAGCAUGUGCCUACGCCGCUGCUGGCCAGGCGCGGGGUGAGGGUGGGCAAUGACAGUCCGCCAGAGUCUAAGAGGUAAGAACAGGCUGGUAACCAAAGCCUGCGUCACCCUGUGUGCCCAGGAGCCCUGUCCUGUUUCUUGGGACCUGUGAGCCAAAGAAAAGGCUGCUGUCCCCAGGGAGUGACAGGUGGUAAUUAGGCUGAGCUGGGUGGGGAGGUUCCCGGAAACCACUGUUCUCCUUGGAGCAGCCGCAGCAGCUGGAGUGUUUAUUUGAUUUCUGACUCGCUAAGCCUGUAAUUUACCUGCUGGCGCAGACAGAGUCCAGCUGCCCGAACCCUGAAAUACUGUGUCAUUAAAAGCAGACCCUGGGCCCACCCCAGACACAGGCACAGCCCAGCUGAGACCGAGGAUGUGCAUCUCUGGAAUUCACUCCGCAACCCAACCCGAGGAGGGUCUGGCAGUGGGGGUGGAGGCUGGGGCCACGCUGCGGGACAGCAGCCCCUCCACCUGGACCUGGAAUGUCAAGAGACCCGUAUUCUGGCUGCAACUCAGCCACUGACUUGAUGUCUGGACAAGUCUCCUUCCUGACUGAGGCUUGUUUCCCAUCUGUGACUUGAGGACACAGGGCUCUUUCAUCUCCAAAGGCCCCUCCAGCCAGAGAAUCUGCCUGCCGUCCUGACCCUCC